AUGUUGUUCUCCUGCAGAGCCAGAGGAACAGACCUGAAGAAUUUCUCUGUGACAAAUUUGGGUUUUAGUUUGUGGUUCUUCAGUCGCGCUGAACAGAACCAGAACCGAAACCAGUUCAUUUCCUGCAACAACCGAACCGACAGAACCGACUUUAACUGGACCGGAGAGAACAGAAAUGGCAGAACACAGAAGAAGAGAAGAACUUCCUGAAGAUGUUGGUUCAGAUGACUGCUUGGCUUCAUACACACACAUCUACAGCCCAGAUUUACUAAAAGAUCAAGUUGCUUUCAUCACAGGAGGCGGAUCUGGAAUAGGACUUCGUAUUGCUGAGAUCUUCAUGAGACAUGGUUGUGACACGGUGAUCGCCAGCAGGAACCUGGACAAGCUGAAAGAGGCGGCGGCGAAGCUGUCGGCUGCUGCAGGACGACGCUGCCUCCCGCUGCGAAUCGAUGUGAGGCAGCCUGAUGGCAUCGCAGCCGCUGUGGACGAGACGCUGAAGGAGUUCGGCCGUUUGGACAUCCUGAUCAACAAUGCUGCUGGAAACUUCCUCUGUCCUGCCUCUGCACUCUCUUUCAACGCUUUCAAAACCGUCCUGGAGAUCGACACCAUGGGAACGUUCAACACCAGCAAGGUGGUUUAUGAGAAAUGGUUCAAGGAUCAUGGUGGCAACGUGGUGAACAUCUCGGCCACGCUGGCGUACCGAGGGCAGGCCCUGCAGGUUCACGCUGGCUCUGCCAAGGCAGCAAACGAUGCUAUGACGAAGCACCUGGCAGUGGAGUGGGGGCCCAGCGGAGUACGGGUCAACGCCGUGGCCCCGGGUCCGAUCUCUGGUACUGAGGGUUACCGCAGACUCGGCGGUCCUGGUGCCGAGGCCGCAGGUUCGUUCCAGGCUGUUCCUCUGCAGCGAGCCGGCAACAAGACGGAGAUGGCCCACUGCGCUCUCUUCCUGGCCAGCCGAGCGUCUUCCUACGUGACGGGGGCCAUCUUGGUGGCGGACGGCGGGGCGUGGCUGACUUCGCCCAACGACGUCUCGGCGCUGCUGGGUAUAGCCGCCUCUAAACGCGCUAAGCUGUGAGUCCUCCUCCUGACCAGGUUACUGGUCACCGGAAAAGAAGAAGGACAAGUGAUCAGGAGAAAUCAGGACCUUUCUAAAGAAAUUAUGCAACUUAUGGACAAUGUUUAUGUUUAUUAUGCAUUCUGCUGCUUUAGGUGUUGGAAGGUUUCUAGUAGAGAAGAACACAAAUAAAUUAUGUUCAUACUGUUUAUAA